AUGUCGGUGAAGAACCGUACUAUACCCGGUCUCGACAGAAUCAAGCCUGAACAUCUGAAGUACCUACCGCCAGUCCUCAUCAACAGACUGGGAAGGCUCUUCACUCUUUAUCUGUCGGAAUGCAAGGUUCCUAAGCAAUGGAAAACCAGCAAGACCGUGCUGUUGUAUAAAAAGGGAGACCCACAAGACAUCGGCAACUACCGUCCAAUCUGCUUACUGUCUGUUAUCUACAAGCUCUUAACAAGAGUAAUUCUAAACAGGAUAGAAAGAACAUUAGAUGAAGGAUAG